UGCUCUCGUCUUUCUUUGCUUUCUCACUCUGGGACUGCAGGCGGCUCAGCCUGUUUAGCGAUCGUAAACGUCCUCCUUCGCCAGCAUAACUUUGGAAACUCAGGGGGGGGGAAAAAAAAGGGAAACAAUUUUUUUUCAUCUCGCGAUAACAGCCCGCUGAAGCCGCCGCCAUAUUCUGUGACAGUAUUUUGAUUCGUAUCUGCUGGAAGUGAGGAAAAAGAGAAAAGCGAAGGGCUGCAGAGGGGAGGGGGGGCGAAGACGAGGAGCUGUCAAAAAGUUCUCCCGGAGUCUCUGUCACACAGCGGAGGGCUGUGGCUCGGUGGGCCUCCGCUUCUUGCCGUUUCGAGGACACGGGCCCGGGGCCUCGGUGCUGUUAGCUCGUCUCCCAGUCAGCGCCCGGACCCCUCGCGGCUUCUCCUCUCCCAGCCUCCGGAGGUCCGGUCGGCGGUCUCGGGUUGUUGAAGACGGCCCGGCCGGGGAGCGGCGGCGGAGACUGGAAGUUCAGGCGUUCAGGAUGAGGGUGGGUUUCUGCCACAACUGAUGCUCCCGUCCGCUGAACUGAACGAUCGGUCCUGACCUGGUAGCAUACGAAUGGCCCAGGGAAGCCAGCAGAUUAACAUUCAGGUUUUGCACGACCUGCGCCAGAAGUUCCCUGAAGUCCCAGAAGGUGUCGUCUCUCAGUGUGUUUUGGAGUGCAACAACAAUUUAGACGCCUGUUGUAAAUACUUGUCCCAGGUCAGUCCCGGAUACCUUUACAGUGACGACGCCAAUCUGAGCUUUUCUGAAGACCCCAGCUACGCCCGGCUCCAGAAGCACAUGACCCAGCUGAACCUGGGCUUUCAGUCUCAGAAUGUGCAUGUGGCCCCAGUUCAGGACGGCCUGAGAAUGAAUGGCAGCCGGACUCUGGCCCACAGCAUGAGUGACGGGCCCCUCCAGACAGGCCAGGCCCCCAACAGUGACUAUUUUCAGCACGAGCCCCAGUCAGCCCCAGUGCAGGUACCCUCCACUCUUAAUGUUUUUAACGUGAUGGAGCCGUCACGUAAACCGCGGCCUCCACAGAACCUUGCACUCUACGCUCUAGGACCGAAAGGACCAAGCGUGGGGCCGCAGCAGACCCCACGCUUCAACCCCAUCACAGUGACACUAGCCCCGAAUCUGCCCACAGGCCGCAACACCCCCACUUCUUUGCACAUACAUAGUGGGCCACAGUCAGGCCCGGGUAGUCCACAGGGCAUCUUUAUCCGGCCGUACGUUAGUCAGCCCAACACCACCCGGCAGAGCCAUCCGCCAGGUGGGAGGGCCCAGUACAGCCCCACUUCUCAGCCCCAACAGCAGAUCUAUCAGAUCUCCCAUCCCUCCCCCAUCCCUAGCUCGCGGUCUGUCCCCCAGCACUCCUCCUCACAUACCUCAAGGACCUCUCACGUCUACAUGCCUAUUAGUUCCCCCACUAAUCCCCAGGCGCCUGCUAUUCCAUCCAGUGGAGGCAUGGCGUCUUCGUCUAGUGUCCCCUCCUGCCCCCCUUCGUCCUCCUCCUCCUCCUCCGUCAUGCCCUCCUCCCUGUCGGCCGUCAGCCAGUACAACAUCCAGAACAUCUCCACUGGCCCUCGAAAGAAUCAGAUCGAGAUCAAACUUGAAUCUCCUCAAAGGAGCAAUUCCACCACAGCUGUGCUGAGAACAGGCAGCGUGCCCUGGUCAUCCUCCUCGGCCUGUCCUACUUCGUCUUCCUCUUCAUCCGGAGUGGCUACUGUCUCCAGCACCCCUCUGUCCAUCGGAGGGCCGGGCUCGAGCCGCAACCAGCCGACUGUUUACAUCUCUGCCAGCCCACCUACUGCUGCUACUACCCCCUCUGAGGAGACGGUCGUGGCCCCACCAGGUUCCCGCUCCCAGCCCAAGUUUUACAUUUCUGCCAGUGAUGAGAGUGGACCCAGAAACCCUCCUACAGUCUACAUCUCAGCUAACCCUCAAAUCCAGGGGCCUUCGGGAGCUAGGAACAUGGGGGGGCAAGUGAGCAUGGGCCCCGCCUACAUUCACCACCACCCACCUAAGACUCGUCCCUCUGUGGGGGGUGGAGGCACCGCUUCUUCACCACGCGUGGUAGUGACUCAGCCCAACACCAAAUAUACAUUUAAAAUCACUGUCUCCCCUAAUAAACCCCCAGCCGUGUCCCCUGGAGUCGUGUCCCCAACCUUUGAGCCCAACAAGAUCCUCAGCCUGCCUUCAGACCACCACUUUGUGGAGACAGAGCCCCUGCAUCUGUCCGACCCGCUGUCCCCGCACAGGGAGCGGCCGAGUGAGGCGCGCAGACUCAGCAUGGGUUCUGAUGAUGCAGCGUACACACAAGCGUUGUUGGUUCAUCAGAAAGCUCGAAUGGAGAGGCUGUGGCAUGAGUUGGAAAUGAAGAAGAAGAAGCUGGAGAAGCUAAAAGAGGAAGUGAAUGACAUGGAGAAUGAUCUGACCAAUAGAAGGCUGGAGAGAUCCAACUCUGCCUCCCAAAUUCCUUCUAUUGAUGAAAUGAAGAAUCUGCGAUGCAAAAACCGGUCACUGCAGAUUGACAUCGAUCUCCUCAGCAAAGAAAUUGAUUACCUUCAAACAAAUGGACCACACUUAAACCCCAGUGAAAGCCAUAAUUUUUAUGAAAACAUGGGAUUCCUUGGUCCUGUCCCACCCAAACCCAAAGGUACUUCAUCCGUUGGAAGCAAGAUUGUGAAGCCCACCCCAGAGCAGGAGGAGGAUGAGGGCCCCCGUUGGAACUGCACAGCCUGCACCUUCCUCAACCACCCCGCCCUCAACCGCUGUGAACAGUGCGAAUUCCCGCGGCACUUCUGAGCCAACGGGGCGCCGCGCCCUUCCUCUGCACACCUGACGUCUCACAGAUGAAAGCAGACGAGACUUUUGCUUCUUUUGCUUUUGGGUGAAAGAGAAAAUGGACGGCAGGCUGUCGUCGUAAAUCAUGCAGCCUAAUUUUCCUCAGUUAUUGUUUCUCCUGUUCUCUAAGGUUAGCGUAAUGCCAUCCAGAGGAAGGCCUGACUGGCUAGUGUUUACAGCUCAUGGACGACACCUCACCUUAGAGACUGGCAUCAUGUUCCCCUUUUCUGCUCAUUGGGUGACACUCUACCCCCGGGGAUACUUCGCUGCUUCCACUCACAGUAUUACCAGCGUGGCCCUGCAGUGACGGCACACGUCUGCACACAUGCACAAAUAGUCCAGGUGCUAGUGUGCCUUUCCCUGAUUGCAGAGUUGAGUUUUUCUUCUUCCUCCGUGAUGGUCUGACCUGGUGAUGGGAACUGUGCUCAGCCACUGAAGGAAAAAGACGACACUUGGACUUGAACGUUUGUUUGCUGUUUCUAGAGGAUGCCAAAGGGCAGCCUGCUGCCAGGUUCCUGUGCUUAUUAUUGCCUCUCCAGCGCCCCCUUCCUGUCCACUUAGUCAUGACUCGAUGAAAAAUGAAAAAACAAGUUGCAUGCUUUGUGUACAGUACAUUGAAGCAGAAGCUCUCCUUGAGCUCUUUGCUGUACAUAAUUUUAGAAUGUGCCUUUAAACCUUUCUCCUCACACUAUGAAUCGCUUGUAUUUCCUGUAAGUAUGGCUUUAUAGACUUUAUCCACUAUUUUGUUUGUUUCCUUAAACAGACAAGCACCAUGCUCCAUUUUUAAGCUUUUUAUUUGAUAUCUGUGAGAGCUGAAGCUUUGCAGAAGAAGACGAGCAGAGCUGGUAAAACCCUCACAGUCAUCAUGAAGCUACACGUGUCGGUCCGUUCAUCGCUUGUGUAUUUGCUGAGUUUCCUGUGUACGAUCUGUUGAUGUAACGGCGAUGGAGAAGUUCUUGUUGUUUUGUUCUUCAGGACAUAUUGGGGACUUUCUGGGGUUGGGGUGGAAGAGCUGGGUUUAAAACAAAAAACAAAGUGACAAACUGCCAUCCUAUCUGACAACUGGAAUGUAGGAUCGACGUUUUGGGGACAACUACACCUCAGUGCGAAGAGACUCAUUUUGUAACGCAGCAGGAUUGAUUUCAAAGUGCUCAUGGAAAAGCCCAUUGGAUUUGAAGCUCCCAUGCAGCCAUGUGCCUGAGUGGAGCUCCCCGAGUUUAAAAAUGAACUGGCGUUGGAUUAAAAUGCAUUUCCUCUGUUUGAAUGAUUCUUCUGUGACCCUUGUGCCUUUUCCACAGGUUAGAAUUGUUACACUUCUGAUGCAGAGAGAACACAAUGUAAGCACAUGGUUGUCCCGUCUGUAUUUCCUUACCUUUAUUGGCUCAUUUUUAUCCUCUUAAGCCUUUUAUCAAAGAGGGAGCUUCUAAAGUUUACUCAAUGUGAUUAAGAUAUAGUAGCCUUGAAAUAGUUACUUUUGAGUUGUUCCUUGUUUGUGAACUGGUGCCUUGCAUUAGUGCCUUUGAAUUUAUAUUGACAAUCUCCUCAGUAAAAUUUCAAGUGCCAUUCUUUUAAACCAAAUUCUUAGUAUUAUGUAAUCCCAUUUAGAAGUAGAAAAGAAUUAUCGUCUCUGUAGCACUUACAUCUUUGUUCUUCCUUGUCCGACCCAAAGAAUCCAUUUUUCAGCUUUACCUGCACCUUGGCGUGAAGAGGCAGUUCAUUCAUGUUUUAUUAAACGGAGGAAAAAGUCAUUUGGAUAUCUAAAGUUGUUUUUUUGUUUUUGGAUUUUAGCUGGGAAAACUGUCUUUGUAACAGAUAAGUUAUUUGUAAAAAUAAAAAAAAAAUGUUCUGAAUGUU